AUGUGCAUGAAGCUAAAGCAGUUUUGCGAGAAGCCGGACCUUGUUGCGGAUGUUUUGUGCCCUCUGGUUAAAGUUUUGGCCGUAAAUGAGAUGGUGCUGGGGCAGGCGGCGUCCCUUGCUGGGAGCGUCCGUGCCCCGCUGGUCCCUGCCGAGGGGAAUGUGGCCCCUCCGCUUCGGGCGCGGCAGAGGGUGCCCCUGCUUCCCGGCAGGGCUGCUGCCCGCUUGGCACGCAGGGCCGUGGGAUGCCGUGCUGCGCCACAGGCCCUGCCCGGGCCAGAUCCCGGCCGCCUCGGGGGACUUCAGAUCGUCAUCUGCUCCCGAGUCUGGCCCGUAGCCUUCAAGGGCUCGAAGGCCCCCAGGAAGACAUUUCCCAGUGGGAAAGCAGCCUCGGUUAUUUCCCGGUAUCCCAGCAAGAUACGGAGCGGGGCCGAAGCCAAGAAGCUGGAUGGAGUUGGUGCUAAAAUAGCAGAGAAGAUAGAUGAGUUCUUAUCCACUGGAAAACUACGCAAAUUGGAAAAGAUUCGACAAGAUGAUACAAGUGCAUCUAUCAAUUUCCUGACACGCGUUACUGGCAUUGGUCCCGCUGCUGCUAGGAAGUUUGUCGAGGAAGGAGUUAAGACUUUAGAAGAUCUAAGAAAAAAUGAGCACAAGCUGACCCAUCACCAGCGAAUUGGGUUGAAAUAUUUUGAAGAUUUUGAGAAAAGAAUUCCAAGAGAAGAAAUGCUGCAGAUGCAGGAAAUUGUGCUGAAAGAGGUAAAGAAGCUGGACCCAGACUAUAUUGCUACAGUCUGUGGCAGUUUUAGACGAGGAGCAGAGUCAAGUGGCGAUAUGGAUGUUCUCCUAACCCAUCCGAGUUUCACAUCGGAAUCAUCCAAACAGUCAAAACUUCUGCGUCAAGUUGUAGAACAACUGGAAAAAGUCCACUUUGUCACAGAUGUGCUGUCUAAAGGUGACACCAAAUUCAUGGGCGUCUGUCAGCUGCCAGAUAAAGAAGAUGGAACAGCCUAUCCACAUAGGAGAAUCGACAUCCGGCUUAUCCCCAAAGAUCAGUAUUACUGCGGUGUACUGUAUUUCACCGGAAGUGAUAUAUUCAAUAAGAACAUGAGAGCUCAUGCUCUGGAAAUGGGCUUCACAAUCAACGAGUAUACAAUCCGUCCCUUGGGUGUCACUGGAGUUGCUGGGGAGGCCCUACCAGUAGAAUGUGAAAAAGACAUCUUUGACUAUAUCCAGUGGAAAUAUCGAGAGCCAAAGGAUCGGAGUGAAUAACUGCUUGUCUAGGUUUGUAACCUGGAGAGAUGUUUUCACGGCUUCUUAUGAACAUACAAAGUGCAUAUUCUUUCUUUGGCUGUUAAUGCAAAAAGCGUACGUUACUGAUGUUUAAAGCAAGUCCAUGGCGCUAGCACAGAAUGUGUAGUGAAGAUUAAAUCCUGUAAGAUCUCAUU